AUGCGAGCUCUUCAGGUUUCGAGCGCUUUCUUCUUGAUGCUUACUGUGCUCAAUACAGGGACUACAGAAGCAGCUACGUCGUGUGCUGACAGGGUGUCGUCCGGUGACCAGAGCGUUGGAAUUAGUGCAGUGGCCGACACUUCCUGCACGACUGGUGGCUUAGGAUGCUUCCCGUCCGGUGACCAAUGCCGCUUCUGUAGGACGUCGGAAACCAGUCAGGCCUCGCAUCUGGAAUUUCCGAAAGUUCCACAGGAAUCGACCGUUGCCUGUCAGUCGUUCGUCUCGGUCGGUGACCAAGGUGUGGGGAUUUCAGCUGUGGCAGCGUCGAAUCCUUCGUGCGCUGCAAACGGCUUGGGAUGUUUCCAGAGCGGACAGUGCCGGUUCUGCCAGACGAGAGCGACCGCGCAAAGCGCGCCGUUUAUAAGGUGCUCUAGUCUUACCGGGACCGCUACGACACCGACAAGUUCGCCGACAUCCGCCCCGGCAAACACGCCGUCACCCACUUCAGCAUCGACUAGCACUACCUGCUCGUCCGUUGUGUCGCGAUCUGGACUGGAAGGCAUUUCGUACGUCUCCGAAAGCCGCUGCAACGUGGCGUCUCCGACGCUUCUCGGUUGUUCGGCGAGGACUUCAUGUCGGCUGUGCCGCAACUUUAAAAACGAAGCUAACCAGUAUCUCAUCAGCUGCAAAGUGUUGCGAGACCAGGGAGCUACUGAAAGCACGGCGACGAACUCUUCAUCUUCCGGGACCGGCGAAACGGAAUCUGUAGCUGACACUCCGGCAUCCGUCAGUGCCCCCAUUGGAGCAGUUGCUGCGGUUGUCGCGCUUGUUGUGGUGGCGAUGAUGAGUGUCAUGUACGUGAAGGGACGUCGCGAGUCCUACGACGAGCCAACGACCCCGAAGGAUGGCCCGGAUGGUGACCUGUUGACCCCCAACGAUGCCAAUGGCUACACGCCGCGUGAAGGAUCGCUCGUCAUGGUCGUGAGCCAGUCAGCGAUCGCCACUCUUUGA